AUGGAGACGGUGUGUGUGAUCGAGUGCGACUUUAAAACCACAAUGCCUGUUAAUGGAACAUGCGUUCCAUGCACAACCUCGCCCUGUGCCAAUCAUUGUGUGCAGAAGAAUAUCUUUGGAAAUGUCUUUCCUGUGAUGACUUCAAAAACUGCAAAAAAGUUCAAGGACUGUUUUUACUACUCUGGAGCCAUCUAUAUAUCGAAGGACUCCUUCAAUCCAAAACGUGAUCCAUUGAAGUUAGAAGAUCUCUGGAAUCUUCACAACCUUCGCGAAAUCGUUGGUUACAUCUACAUUGAUUUGGGUGGCAAAGACAUUCCCCUUCAAAAUCUAACCUUUCUAGAAAAUCUCUAUAAGGUCACAACCGAAUUUUCGGGAGGAUUAUCUCUCCAAUCCUCGCUCACCAUUCAUGAUGCCACAAACUUGGAGUUCUUGGGAAUGAAGAGCCUACGCUACAUGGACUUCAGUGCCAUUUUGAAUGGACUUCCCACAAUGUGCUACACAAGUGCUCUUGAAAAAGUACUUCCCAUAAGACGACAAAAGGUCAAGGAUCCGUCACAAUGUGAAAAAGAAGGCCACAUUUGCCACAGCGAAUGUCUCCCAGAGGCUGGAUGCUGGGGUCCAGGACCCGCAAUGUGUGCCCGGUGUUGUACUUAUGAGGCAGACGGUGUCUGUGUAGCUGACUGCGCCGAUGCACCCGGAUUUUACCUCCCCCCGAAUAUAUCAAUCAGCAUACACUCGGGGUUCCGAUGUCCAACUCUUGCACUCACUCCUGAGCAAGUGGAGGUCAUGAGCAAUGAGGAGGUAAUGGCGUUAAUGAAACCCGCUCCCAAAUGUGCCAGGUGUCAUGAGGAAUGCAUGGAGACGUGUACUGGACCAGAGGCCAGUCAAUGCAUUGGGGAAUGCAAAAACUUUAAGUCGGGAGAAAAAUGCGUUCGACGGUGUUCUCAAGAUCAGUACACUGAGGACAACAUCUGCCGCCCAUGUAGUCAAAAAUGCCUUCCUCCUCUGAAGUCAGAACUAAUUCCCGACGGAGUUUCAGCCUGUUCUGGACCCGGAGAAUUCCUUGGACUUGGUGGAUGCACAUUCUGCCAUUUUGUUCAAAAAGCCUCCUCAAAGUACCAAUGUCUCAGUACAAGAUGCCCUCCCCAUCACUUUGGAAAUUCCACUUAUCUGAAGCAUCUCAAGCUGGAGAAAGAUGAGCUGUCCAUGGAUAAUACACAAGUUGCAAAUAUUGCAUUCCAGGAGUGCAUUCCAUGUCAUCCAGAAUGUGAAAUCUGUGCCGGACCUGGAAACCACAUUUCCGUGUGUCAGAAAUGCAAAAAUUGGAUGUACAGAUCUGAAUGCGUCAACACGUGCCCUUUGGACGAUACCUACAUGCCAGAUUCAUCGAUAAUCGAUCAGUUGUCGGAAGAAGAGAAGAAUAAGCUGGAGAAACGUGAGUGUCUUCGAUGUCACGAACAGUGUUCUGGUGGAUGCACGGCUUUCGGACCCGAAUUCUGCAAAAACUGUCGCUAUGCCAAAAUAAUGACUGACGAUAACAAGUUCAUCUGCAAUUCAACUUGUCCUCCAGAGUUGUACAGAGUGGAGAAUACAAACCUUUGCCUGAAUGAGAAACAGUACAAGGACCUGGUGGGAGACAAUGCAACAAAGGCCAGAAAUCAAGCACUAAUUGCGGCUGGAAUCGUUCUUCUAUUUCUUCUCAUCUUCUCCUUUGUUUUUACAAUUCUCUGCUUCAAUUACAAAGCCAAAAGAAGUCGCAUCAAGGAGGCUCUCAAAUCUACUUAUACUAAUAUCAAGGCUCCUGAUAUGAAGGUAUCUGCUACCUCUCCUGUGUCUACUGAAUUAAUGGGAAAUACUGCAUCUGGCGCAGUGACCAUAAAAGACCAUGAGGGUGACGCCAAAUCCAGUCGAGAGCCUAACAUGGGUCGAUGGGAAAUGAUCAAUAUCGACGAUUUGUCCUUCGAUGAGAACAAGACCCUAAUAGGGAAAGGUGCUUUUGGUGAAGUGUAUCGCGGAAAGUGGCGCGUUCCAAAACGCGUAUUGAAUCAGUUCAACUUGGCUCGAGGAACUUCACUUGAUGUUGCCAUCAAAGUGAUCCGAUCAUCUGGUUCUGGAUCAUCUCAAGGUGGACCCGCGACAAAUCCUGGUGCCAGUGCAUCAGAGAGUAGCUCCGAUGCUUCUCAAGUCGAUGCAAAUACGAUUGAUCGCAUUACUGCAAGAAGCAAUCUACAGGAUAUGCUUGCUGAAGCUAAGGUUAUGGCGUCUGUUCAACACAAGAAUUGUCUUCCAUUGAUUGGUGUUUGUCUAACCCGGAAGAUGCAAUGCAUGGUCUCCAUGUUUGUGGAGGAGGGCAGUUUGGAUCGAUACCUUCGCCUGCAUAAAGAUGAUUUAAAUAGCUUCACUCUCCUCUCCUGGGCUGAACAAAUAGCUGAUGGCAUGGCAUAUCUUGAAGAACGAGGAAUUAUCCAUCGUGACUUAGCUGCUCGAAAUGUGCUAGUUCAAUCUCGGGAGCACGUUCAAAUAACCGACUUUGGUCUGGCAAAGAUGUUGGAAAAUAGUGAUGAAGAUAGCGUCGUUGUUCGAACCGGUCGAGUUCCUAUUCGUUGGCUGGCGAUAGAAACCCUUCAAUCUGGAAUUUACUCCCACAAGACUGAUGUCUGGAGCUAUGGAGUGACACUUUGGGAAAUAUUCACCUUUGGGAAGCAGCCUUACGAAAACAUCGCCACGACGGAUAUUAAGGAUCAUGUAAUGAAGGGUGCUCGAUUAAGCCAACCAGAGAUCUGUACUCUUGAUACGUACAUGGUUAUGGUUAGAUGCUGGAUGGAAGAACAAGAAUCAAGACCAACAUUCCUGGAACUGAUGAAGUGCUUCCAUAAAUACUGUCAAACGCCCGGAAGAUAUCUUUAUAUUGAAGGCGAUGAGUAUGCGAUAACUCGCACAACACCAUAUACGCCUUCUCCAGCACCUUGGACUGAAUUGAAGCCCCUUUUGGGUGCCAAUCGCGGUAUUCCCGAUGGUGUUCCAUCACGCAAUGGAGGAUCAGGUUAUACCUUCAGAUUCCCUGAAGAGCCCUUCUUCGAUGAUCAUCAUGCCCUCAGAACUGGUGAAAAUGGUGGAAUUCCGGAAUCUGACGCAAUGCUACCACGUCGUGUUGACCCCCUUCUUAGGAGGUUCUUCUCGCAUUCUAGCGAAGCGAGAAUGCGAGUGAAUACACCAUUGGUGGGAAGACAAGACCGAAUUGUUACGGAGAACACUUCUCUGGCCUCGACGAACCUGGAUUCCUGGGGAAAUGGUAGUAGAGUGCCCUCCAAUUUCGCUCAUAUUUCACAAGCUUUAGAGGGGAACUCACAACAGCCGAAGUACUACAACACUUCAGCUUUUCUUGGAAGUGGCACUUAUGGACCCCUUGUUCGACCUCCAUCUCCACCUCCUCCAUUGGCUGAAGCUGAGCAUGACGAUGACCUAGAUAAUGCGACUUAUCUCGAAAAUAGAGGAGCGGAAGUAAAUUAUCUCUUGACUCUUGGCAAUUCUACAGAGACGGGUGAGCAAGCUACAGCAGAAACACACCUGGAUGACUACUUGGAGCCGCGAACUAACGACAAUAAGGCUGAACGAACGUUCGAUGAAUGUGCCGUGGGGAACCCAGACUAUUUUCAAACAAAUCUGGACUACCUGCAACCAACCAAUCCCACUGCGUGA